GAAAAUAUAAUGAAGACACUUGGGAAAGACUUUAGAAAGACCAGAAAAUUCAAUUUGCAGAAAAUCACCAAGGUGAGAACUUGUUUCAUCUGAAAAUGUAUCUUUCAAAGCUCUGCGGAAUAAAUUGGCGCUAUAUAAACACUAGUAAUAAUAAUCCAGGGAUGGCUAAAUCUGUUGCAGUGAAGUAGUUGCAUUUAAAAUACAGUUUUAUUAUUUGGCCCAGCUGAAGUUAUAUUUUCAAUCUAUAUCAAAAAUCGAAUAACCACAAUAGAACUUUGUGAAUUUACCCGUUGAUUGUUCCACAAUUGCUGAAAUCUUUACUGGCAGCAGAUGUAUACUUAUGUUUUAGUGAUUUAGAUAUGCUUUUUAAUUAUAUUGUUUACCUAAAGGACAACAUUCAUCGCAAAACUAUGUUUAAAAUCUAAUUAUCCUUCCAUAAAGCUCUGAAAGGAAAUAGAUCUUUUUUAAAACAAAGUAUAUGUAAAAAAAAGUGUAACUCCUCAUUCUCCACCUUUGCUACAUGACAUGAUCCUUCAUCCAUAUAAAUACAGCUUGGGUCAGACACAGUUUGAAAACCAACAGUUAAUCUCUAUGGUCUUCCCUGUGUCAGUGCAGGGAGUGAAGCAAAAAAGACCGUAGAGACUAAUGAUCGGUGGUCGAAGAAGGUGUAUGUAUAUGGCUGAAGGAUCUUGUCAUGUAGUACAAGUAGGGAUGAGUUUUUCUCAUUUUUAUUUUUUUACAUGUACUUAAAGGGACUCUCCAGUGCCAGGAAAACAAACUUUCCUGGCACUGCAGGUCCCCUCUCCCUCCCACCCCCAUUCCAAGUUGCUGAAGGGUUUAAAACCCCUUCAGUGACUUACCCGUAUCCAGCGCCAAUGUCCCUCGGCGCUGGUUCAGAGUCCGCCCACGCUCCUCCCCCGUCGACGUCAUCCGGCCGGGGAGAUCUAAUGCACAUGCGAGGCAAUGCCGCGCACGUGCAUUAGACUUCCCCAUAGGAAAGCAUUGCUUUCCUAUGGGGAUUUCAGCAACGCUGGAGGUCCUCACAUAGCGUGAGGACGUUGAGCGACGCUAUAGAACACGGAAUGUGUGCUAUAAUCACGGAAGUGCCCUCUAGUGGCUGUCUAGUAGACAGCCACUACAGGAGGAGUUAACCCUGCAAGGUAAAUAUUGCAGUUUAUGAAAACUGCAAUAAUUACAGUUGCAAGGUUAAGGGUACUGGGAGUUGGCACCCAGACCACUCCAAUGGGCAGAAGUGGUCUGGGUGCCUGGAGUGUCCCUUUAAUUAAAAAUAAAAAUAAAAAUCUAUUUCCAUUCAAUACUUGAUGGAACCGGAAUAGGCAACCUUCGGUACCGCAGUUGUUUUGGACUACCCCUACCGUGAUGCUUUGCCAACAUUAGAGCAUUGGGGGAGAUGUAGUGCGCAACAUCUGGAGUGCCGAAGGUUUUCUAUUCCUGGAUUAUUAUAUUAAAAAGUUAUUUUUAGGUGACAGUUAUCCUUUGAAGUAGUCAUAUUUAUUUAGCGACUUCCCUUUUGGGGGCCCUACAUGUUCCCAGCACAUUACUUUGGCAGUUAUACUUGGAAAACAAAGGGUUAAAGCAAUGCUAUUCUAGUACCAUGAGCCAGUAUCCUCUAGCAGCUGCAGCACGGUCGUGCUGUAGUCCAUUUAUUUUUGUAUUUGCCCCAGUACAAAUGAUACUCGGUUUUACAAGGUACACAGGUUUGUGGAAAAAUGUUUUUUUUUUAUUGCUUGUUGGCUGUUGUGUUGUGAACUUGGACAGCUACUAGUUGCACUCCACAUUGUGAUUUCCAAAUUCUUUGAAAUAGCAUCAGCACCAUCUAGUGGAUAGUUGUUUUACUACACGUGAGGAUUAAAACAGUAUGUUAACUGCUCACCUUUAGAAUUUAUCCAAAUUACAUGUGGUAUUUUUAUCUGUAUAAAAAGUAAUGCUUAUUGUUUGGUGUUUGCGUUUUGAUCAUCACUGGUUCAUAUGAUUUCUAGAUCUUUCAAAAUCUAGAAUCUAAAUGUUCCAAUCAUCCAGACAUAUCAUUUUGAGGACCAGUCCAGUGCUGGAUACCUGUGUCAGGUAGGCAGUGUAUUUUUAGCUGGCUGCUUGUUAUUAAGUUCAGCAGUCGCUGAUAUACUGCCACUUGCUCCAGGAACAUGUCUUCGUAACCCAGUGGAAUAAUGGAUUUUGAUCUCUCAUCAGUGAUUCUGUGUGUAGAGAGAUGGCAGUGUAAUGUUAGCUGGAAGGAAAUUUAGAAAACACCGGCUGACAUACACUUGCCCCCUUUCUUCAUAUGAGUGCUCCAAUUUCCUUCUUCUGAAAUGAAUGGUACAGGUAUUUACUUUGAUCUGUAGCAACAGGUAUCUUCAACUUUAUUGAUUGUUAACCUAAGUAAAGCCAAAAGGAUACCUACAGAGCAAAUGCACCUAUAAAUUAAUAUAUAAUUUAUAAAUGUUUUCCUGUGAUCUGAUACCUAAUUUUUCUUUACAAAGCAUUGAAAACGGGCUACAUAUAUAUUGCAUUAUACCUUGUUUUCUAAGUAAAAAUUUUCAAGAUAAUACAAAAGUUAAUAAAAGAUAUCAAUUAUCUUCAUUCCAGCAGAAUAUUUCCUUGAUGCCAAAUUUAAACAACCUUGAAAAUCAAAGGUCCUUAUUGAGAAGUGUCUAUAGUGGCUGUGUGUCUGAAAACCACUACUGGCAUUUUUAAGGCAGGAUGGAAAUAUUGUUUUUCUGGGAUGGCAGUAUAUUACAUUGCCAGACAAAAAAGGGACAUGGUCUAUGUACCAAAACUACAACAUUAUGAUGUAGGGGUCUUGGUGCGUAGAGUGUCCUUUUAAUAUGCCCAAAAUCUGUUACUGAAGAAAACAAGUCAGUGUAAUGUAUAAUCAAUUUUCAGCAUUUAUUGAAAGAAUCUUUCAUUGUAAUGUUAUGUCUUCUUUACUUUGUGCACUAUAGAGUACACACGUACUGUCCAAAAAUACACACUGUGGGUGUUCAUUUAAUUCACGAAAUUGUGAUGACUUGACAACAAAUUUGUAAAACAUAGACCGCAAUAGCCAAGUUUUAUUUUGUCCAACUUGGCCUUUUUGCCUCCAUUUUCCAAGUUAGUGGUCAACUCUUCACACAUUCGUGUUAGUUGGUCACUGUAUGUCGCUAUUUGUCAAUGUACACUGCAGACAAUGGGUUUGUUUAUUCCGUGUUUCCUGUGUGUUAUGUCUGUGAGCAUUUAUUGCUUAUCUAGCAGGCAGCCCAUGAAACACGGAAUAAAGUUAGUUUCAUGUAUGUGUGGUGAUUCGGCAGUGUAUUGUUAGUUUGCUGUUGUACCAAAACCAGCAGCUACCUACACUACCACAUUAUCACAUGGCAUAUCGUCUGGUGAUGUAGAGGUGGGAGGGGGGUUUGCAGAGUACAUUAUGUUUCUGGCACAAUACUGUGAUAUUUAAUUGCAGCAGGUCUUUCACAACCAAUAAAUGAUUAAUUCAGAGAUCUUGGUGAAUAUUUUGUAAAACCCUCAACAUGUCCCUAGGGUGCUGUAACUCGUGGUCUAGUGUGGGUUAGUUUGAGGCAAGGAAUCACUGCCUUCCUCUGCUACCAUCUCCUGCACCCACCGUUCUAGAUGGAGGUUGUGAGGAUAUAUAUUGGCUCCUUUGUAAUAGCGCAUGCUCUAGAAUGGCAGUUUUAAAGAAUAAAUCUGUACUGCUUAAUUAUUUUAUCUUUUGCAUUACCAUAUAGUAGGGAUGCAAUCACAACAUUACAAUUGUCUAGGCCUCAUGAUUUGCAAUCCCAUUUGUUCAUUAAGUCUUAUAAAAUAAUAAAAUACAGACUUUUAUUGUAUCACAACUGUAUUCUAACUCCGAGGUUGAUUUACAAACUUGCCUGAUGCUGUCCUGAUGCUGAUGCCCUACGCGAAUUAUGAAAUUUGUAGCUUGUAAUAGGAACCUUUAAUUGUCCCUUCCCUCAUUCUUGUCCUGAAGGCUAUUUACCAAACCAGGCAUAUUGUAGGAGUUAUCAGAAAAAAUUAUAUUUUAGAACAAAAUAACUAAUUUGGAUAAAUUCUUAAACUCGCCUAUUUUGGCCUAAAUGUGCCUGUGCAUGAUCUAUACCUGACAAUUACCAGUUUAGUAUAUAAGCUUGCAAGUGUGACUUCGAUGUUUCUCAUGUUCACCUGUGCAACAUAGUUAUGUAUUCGAUCAAACGUUAACAGGAAAUAAUGUUUUUAUGUCAUAUGUUAAAAGCAUUCUAUUGCCUUUUAUCUUUAAAGGGACACUAUAGUCACCUGAACAAAUUCAGCUUAAUGAGGUUGUUCAGGUGAGAACUAUAGCUCCCUGCAGCCUUUCUCAUGUAAACACCGUAUUUUCUGAGAAAAUACAGUGUUUACAUUGAAAGCUAGGAACACCUCCAGUUGCAGUCACUCAGAGUGAACCAGAGGGACUUUGGAGUUGAUGGAGGCAUAAUAUGCCUCCAUCCACUCAGAUAUGCUAUCAGCAGAGCACAGGGCAGCACUGUGCACAGCAUCCUGUGAUUCAGUAUCUCCUCCCUCUGCAUGCAGACACUGAACUUUUCUCAUAGAGAUUCAUUGAUUCAAUUCAUCUCUACGAGGAGAUGCUGAUUGGCCAGGGCUAUGUUUGAAUCAUGCUGGCUCUGUCCCUGAUCUGCCUCUUUGUCAGUCUCAGUCAAUACUAUGGGGGAAACACUGUGAUUGGAUCAGGCUACCACAUGUCAGCAGACUGCUUGUUUUUCUGAGUCUAACAGCAUGCCGAUUUACAGCUUCAUGUUUGAAUACAGUAAGAUUUUGACUAUAUUUAUGGAGGGAUGAGGGGCCCAGAGGGGCUAGAUGGUGGUAUUAACACUAUAGGGUCAGGAAUACAUGUUUGUGUUCCUGACCCUAUAGUGAUCCUUUAAGGUAUACUCUAAGCACCAAAAGAAUGUUAGCUUAGUUUCAGUGUAUAGAUCAUGCCCCUGCAGUCUCACUCCUGAAUUCUCUGCAAUUUAGUUGUUAAAUUACUUUGUUUUUUACAGUCCUAGCCACACCUCUCAUGCCUGUGACUCAAACAGCUUCCAUAUAAAAAGGUUUCAUUUUUACAGCACUGUAUGUUUACUUUAGAAGUGAUUAUCUUCUGCUUGGUUAAUUGAACUUUAAUUACACACAAGAGGCUGUUAUUGGCUCUAGCAGGCAAUUAACGGAACAGAAGAUAAGAAAUGAUAAAUUAAACGCAUUAUGCAGUUAGAGAAGCUGAAAGAAUUACGCUGUUUUUCCAUAAUUGUGCAUGAAGGCAGUAUGAGUCUCAUCAAGUAAAGGUGUUGUUAGGGCUGCAUGAACAAAGUGAUUUAACUCCUAAAUAGUAGGGCAGAAAGUCUACAUGGCAUAUUCUAUUCAUUAAAAGCACUUAAUUUAGCAGAUGUUGUUUUAUUAAGUGUUCGUGUGCAUCAAACUCAAUACUCCUAAAGCACUUCAAAUUUCUUUGUGAGUAGAUAUCUGAUAUAUUUAAAACACAGUAUGGAUGAUAGAACAUUGUAUUUCAAUAUCCAGCAACAGAGUUUAUCUGGCUGGUGAGAAAUAGGAAUUUUCUUUCACUACAAACACAAACAUUCACAUCUUAUUUUCCAUUAUUGCUGUUUUUAGUUAAUUCUAAUUUUUAUCAUUCGAAGCAAUUCUAAAUUUAUGUAUAAAAGUAAUUUAUCCAGUGAUACUAAAAGUUGUGGCGUGUGUACGACCACUUGUUGGGCUGCCGUGUCAUCCCAGUGGAGAAACCCAGCAUUAAAGAAAAUAACUGGUUAAAAGACCCUCCAUGCAGUAGACAUGUUACAAGUAGCAAUGUGCUGACAUUGAAACAUUAUAGCAGAACUGUCCUGUUCAACAAAUUGGGGGACGGAGGAAAUUACUGUCCUGUUUGAAAAGCAAUGGUAUAUGGUAAUCUAAAAAUGAAAACCUUAAACAGAUGUUACAGAAUAUUUGCUAACUUUAACAAAUUUAUUGGUUUAUUAAAACCAACAUCUUUGGUACAAUAACCGCUGAAGUAAGUUGAAUGCAUCAACAAUCUAAGGACUGCUACUAUCUUUUGAUAAAGCCAGUUUUAUGUUGCACAAGUUGGCUUGGUUUGGCAACUGCACUUAGAUUCUCAUCCUUGCCAUAUUGGGCAUAAUAUAAAUCCAUUCAAUGUCAACAUUUUACUGUGUUUUGAACCCCUCACCUCCAUCCCUUUAAAAAAAGUUUUCUAGAUUUAGUCACUAUACCAAUAAUUUCGAUAAUAAGGCAACAACAUUUUAGGAUGAAAUAGCUUAACUGGAAAAACUCUUUUACUAAUGCUUUUUCUGAAUUUGCAGGUGUGAAUUCUAAAUGCUUUUUCAAUUUAGUGAAUGAAUGAACCCAAACAAUUUAAAAUGUCUUAGGUUCUAUAUAGAACACGGAAUUAGAUUUAAAAUGACAGUUACAAUAUCAACUAUUUUACAUAUGAUAUAUAGAAUUUCCAACACAAUAAAUUCUUGCGAAUAUAUGUUUUAUUUUCAUUUAACAGGAUUCCUUGCGUUUGUGUUCUAUUGCCCAUCUUUGUUUGGACCCUGAUGCCGAUACCGUUAUGUCUGCGUGACCACUGAGAUUGUCCGUUAAAAUUUUUGAUCUCGUGAAACACAAUGCUAACUAGUAGACCACAUUUCACAGCUGUUACUCAAGGCUACAUACUCUUUGUACAGAGCUUCAUAACUAAUCAGCUAGAAUAUCUAAUUAAAUUACUCAAAAUGCUAAUUACUGCAUAAUGGUUUUGAGCUUGAUAACCUUUCCGAAACUCAUAGCACCAUGACAUAUAUUGUAAUGCUAAUUAGAAGCAAUGAAGAAAUUGGAACAUAACUGCAGAAUCAACUCUUUAAUUUGUCACUUAAAGAUGAUAUGUCCAAUAAUAAGAGAUAGAAUAUUUUUUUUGAAUAGAUUGAAUAAAACUUUGAAGAAAUUUAUAGAAGCAACUGUCUCUAAGAUUUCUUGAGAGGACAAACUUUCACUUUAAAUAUUUUGAGUAAAUAAAAGUUCACUUUAAACACAUUGAGAAGUUGAGCAGUAACUUUUAAACACUUAAGAUGAGCAGUCACUUUAAACACCUUGAGAAGUUCAGAAGUAACUUUGACAACUUUAAAUAGAUGAACAGUCACUUUAAAUACCGUCAGAGGUUAAGCAGUAGCUUGGAAUACUUUGAAUUGAUGAAAAGUCACUUUAAAAACAUUGAGAGAAUAGACAGUCACUUUAGGUAGUUUGUCAAGUUGGACAGUCAUUUGUGAUAUUUUGAGGAAAUGAAAUGUACCAUGUAAUGUGAGCUAUGUGUAUAUAUAUAACUGGUCCUGUUAGUAACUCUUCCGCCUAUCAUUUGGUACCUAGUAAUGCCAUACUAAUGAACAUACAGGUAAGCUUACAAGGGAUAAUUCGAUUAUUCUAAUAAUAAUAAUAAAAAAAGUAGACUUUAGAAGCCUUUAUGUGCCUUUUAUUGCAUAAUAUCAAAUGAUAGCAGACACACUGAGAAAAAAAAUUAUUGACUUUGAGAAUUAACAGUGAUGCUCAAACAACACUCAAACAGAAUGGCAGGAAAACCCAUUUAAAAAGUAUGACAUAGGUUGAUCCCAAUUAUGCACAGCACAUAAACAUUCUUACUAACUUACAGAACAGUAACCAGCGCACUCAAAUUCAUAUGUGUAUUUCCAGUUUGAGACCAAAAUAGCCAAUUAUAAAUAUCUCCAAGUCAGCGAUGGUCUCUAUUCAACUAUUUUGGGUUAAAAUGGGAAAUUCACUUUAAACUCCAGGCUACUGACACUCUACAGGGAUAUUUACUAAUAGGAGAAUUGUUGGGAAUUCAAAGUGAAUUUCAAAUUAAAUACUGUACUGUUAAUUAAGGCACUUUUUCACACUGACAUCAGCGACAGUAAAGAGAAGCCUUUAAUUGGACCAAUGUACCUGCUCAGAGAGCAUGUACACACUCAGAGCGGCCAAGAGGAAGAUCAAAGUUGUAAGGAAGAUUGGGAUGUUGGAAAUUGGAUUGGAAAAACAAGCACUAUUAAGGGUAUAGGGAGCACACUGUGCGCUGUCGACUGAUGCAUUUUUCCAGACUGCCAACGUCACAUGUGUUAGGGAUGUAACUAGCUCCUAGCACAAAAGUGGAAAUCACUGAAGUGGUCGUGGUGGUUGAAGUAACCGUUUAAUAUUCUCUUACAAGGCUACUGUUAUAUUGUUGUUCACGUAAAGAGAAACAUUACGUUUUGAAUACAUGUAGGAGUAAAGCCUGUUCAUUGGAACAAAUAAAACAGAUAUGCUUGAAGAAACACUUUAAAAACUUUUAGUUUUUUUAAAAUCCUUUAAGCACUAAUGAUAGUCUAUUAUGUAACAACAAUCUGAUCAUUAUAUACUGUACUGACAUAGCAUAUCCUUCGAGAUCACAUUGUGAUCAUAGGUAACAUGACAUAUAAUUUGUCCCAAUGGAAUAAUUGUAAAUACAUUGUUAAGUUAGUGUGGUCCAUGUACUUCCUAACUUUCCCGUAUCUGUUAGGAAAGUCACUAUACCAGAUUUUUCUCCUGUGUUUUGCUUCUGAGGACAUCAGUGAAUAGCCUUCAAAAUGUGCAGUGUGAUUGUAUCAUAAAACAUGACCUUUGUGUGCAAGAAUAAUGUCGAGAAUCUUUCCCAUGAAGCCUAGGCAGCGCUAUGUGCACCAAAUUUAUAGCACCCAGUGUAUGGUUGCAUAUGGUAUCAUAGCCAUUAGUGGCCUCAACUAUUUUCACAUAUAUAUUAUUACUUUUUUAAAUCAAUAUUAUCGGCAAUAUUCAUAUAAAGUGCCUCACAUCCUGAAAAUUCUAAUUGUUUUGUAAGACAUUCCCCAUGGGGCUUUCAGAAGUAGAUGUUAAAGGAACAUUUUGUUAGAUAUGCAAAUCUGUAUUCCUAACGCUAUAGCGUUCCUGUCCCUACUUGUAGGUAGGUUUCCCCACUCCCCCCCUGCAAAAACAGAAUGAAUAAAAUAAAAAUGCACUUACCAUUGUCCAGGUAUGAGGCUCUGGAAGACAAUGGUUCCAAUGGUUCUCAUAGAGGAGCAUUGGGGACCUAAUGGUCAUCCACAGCGAGUACUGCAUGUGAAUUCAAACUUUCUCAAAGGAAAGCAUUGUAUCACUGCUUUCCUAUUGGGCUUCCACAUCAUGUGACAGAGCUUAAAUAGCUCAGUGCAUUGGAUGCGCCUCUCGUGGCUGUCAUAGAGAAGGACUUAACUCUGCAAUGUAAACAUUUCACUUCCUCAAAAAAGGGACAGGGACACUGCACCCAGAACACUUCAAUGAGAUGAGGUGGUCUGUGUGACUAUAGUGUGUCCCUUUAAGAACUAUAUAUAGAAAUACUGCGAUGUGCUUAUGGUGAUGUGUAAGAAAAUUCUAAACAUUUAGAGAAGACAGUGAAGCACAUUUUGGAGAUUUCUAUGUGUUUUUAAUCUCUGUAAUUAGAAAAACCCAUCCACUGAGUUAUUCUGUGAAGUUUACAUACAAUAAAGUGCUUUCUCUUUUUGAAUUUAGUUACAUCUGACAACAUUUAGGUGCUCUGGGAAAUGGCAUUAACCAGUGUCAAUAAGCCGUGUAUGCUCACUUAGCUUCCAUGAUGGGUGUCUACCACUGCAGAAUGUAUGAUAUACACAGGCAGGUCCAGCAGGGUACACACAACUAAUAGCUGAUAGCAACUCUUUCACGUAAUGGAAGAUUACAGAAAAAAGUGCAUAUCAACACUAGACUUACAGAAACAUAGUAACUAUUUUUUUAAAUAUAUUAGUUAACUUUAAACUUUCCAGUUAACAUUGAUAAUGAAGAAGUUUUUUGUAAUUUAUUUCAGGAUAAAAAUGCAUCUGUCUAUGUGUUAUUGUAUUCAAUUACCCUGUUUAUGUUAUCGCUGUUUACGUAUAGUGAUAAUUUAUUACAAUUAUGUUUUUUUUGCCGUGGUUGCAGUAUCAAAAUGAGAAUCAGCUGUUCAUAAUGUAGAUCUUUGAUAACUGACCUAAGCCAUCAGCUACUCUACACAUAGUGAGUUGAGUAAAAAAGGAACCUUAGCUAACGUUCAGAAGGUAGGGCCAUAAUACAAAAUAGUUCCAUCAUUAGCAAAUGAAUACCUAUUAAACAACAUACAUUAAAACAUUUUUUUUUUUUAAAUCAUGACACCAUUUAGCCGGGUUUGGUAAAGAAUCUGAGAAUUGUUUUAUGCUAUAAUUGAAAUAUAAAAGAACCUUGUUUAAUGUCAUUCUCUCUUGCCAGAGUUACUGUGCAAUAUCCUCUGUAGACGGCAAUUACCAAUGCUCGUCAUUUAAAAUUCCUUUUGGAUUUGUAAACUUGUUUAUGUAAUAUAUUAUAUUAGUGGUACUUUUUUUUGUAAUUUGGUCUAUUUGCUCAUUCAGGUCUCUUUUCACAGGUUUGCUCUAAUUUCAACAAAAUACAAAAGACAGGUAUUUGAAUGAGUUGGGCAAGAUUUUUUUUUUAGAAAAAAGUAAAAAAUCGAUUUUUUUUUUUAAAUUUGCACCCCUGCCCAUAACAGUUCUGUUCACAUGACGUCACUUCAAAGGUCUUCUCUCUUCUUCAUGAUAAUUUCUCGGACUAUAGCUGCUACUUCUUGCCUGAUGCCUUCAAUUGGUUCCUCGGGUCUCCAAUAUUUAACUACUUGGCCUUUUGUAUUAACAAGGUAUUUCCAAAAAUUCCACCUGGGUUCUUUUUUUGCUGAUUCUGAAAACAAAUAUAAAUAUGUAUUUAAUAAAGUGCACAAUAAAGUGAAUAGAUGGCACUUAUUAUAUGUAAAUAAGUCAAAAUAUUAUAGUGAAAAAUAGCAGCAACCCUAAAAGUGUCAAGCCUGCAAAAGAACACUCCCACUAAAGCCUAAAUUGAUAAUGAGCACUGUGCCUUUAAAUUGCGCUCUUCCCACAAGGUGUGUUGUGCAAAUGAUUAAUAUGUACACACAAUGGAAAAUGCACGUACAACACUUGAAAAUAAAAUCCACUUCAUAUGAGAAAUGAUAGAAACAGACAUUGUACAAAACCUUUUUAGCAACAAUAAAAUAUGGAUUAGAAAUGUGCUUGGUGUUUGGGAAGCUGGAAGCUUUAGCUCUGAGCUUAUCUGUUUGGUCCAUUACAUUUUUCGCUUAUCCAUGAUUUAUAUUGGUUAAUGCUAUGUGCUGUUGUAAUAAAAGUUUGUUCAACUUGAAGGAAUACCGUAGCGUCAGGAAUACAAACAUGUAUUCCUGAAACUAGAGAUCUAAAUAGCCAUUUAGGUUGCCGGCCUCCCCUUGUCCGCUGUUAAAUAAAGUGAUUUUAGUCACCUUUUUCCAUCGCCGCAUGGGUCUCCUCUGGAAUGACUCCACCCAUACCACAUCCCCUUGGCUGAAUUAAUCAAAAUUGACGAUCUCAUCUAAACCAAUGCUUUCCCAAAGGAAAAUAUUGAGAGGCUAUUGCGCAUCUCAUCCUAGAGAUCCAUUGAAUCAAUGCAGCUUCAUGAGGAAUGUGCAGUGCCUCCAUGCAGAGCGUGGUGACACUGAAUGUCAGGGCUGCACAAUGUGCAGCACUGACCCAGGAAGCACCUUUAGUGCUUGUCUGAGUGACUGCCACUAGAGGUCUCCCUUGACAGUAAUUAGCUGAAUAGGCAGUGUUUACAUUUAAAAUUAAGCUACAUUAAGCUGUAGAUUUCCUGGCAACUAUAGUGUCCUUCGACUGCGCAUAAUGCCAGUGUAGUCCAUUUAUAUACCUCAUUACCACAUUCUGGAAGCAGCUUUGGAGUACUUUUUAGUGAGGCUUCAAUGUAUAGAGCAGAACUUUAUCUGCUCUAUGUUUGUGAGUGACCGUUUUCCAUUCUUAUAUUUUAUUGUGGCUAAAAGGUUUUAUACCAUGUCUGUUUUCUUUUUUUUCUUUUCUCAUACAUGUGCUGAAGUUGUAAAUGCAAUUUCUAUUGUGUAUACAAAUUAAUAAUUUGCACAACACACCUCUUGAUGAAAACUGUAAUAUUGCAUCAGUUGCCGCUAAUAUGUAGUCAAUAAAGAUAUCACAUAUAUUUAACCAAAAAUAUAUCUUUGUUGAUUACGUUUUAGCGACUACUGAUGCAAUAUUACAGUUUUCAGUAGACUGUAACUUAAAAAGUAGAUUUAUCAUUUUGUAAUAACUCUAUAGGAACCAAGUACUGACUUGCAGCUGAAUUAGCAAGUCGGCUGACUAAUUUGUAGGCUGCCCAUUAUUUCAAUGUGGACACAGGGAUCUAUUCACUAGACUAGCAUUACGGUGGGAAGAUAGACUUCUGACUCGCUUAACACUAGUCUCAAAUAGCAAACAGAACAAUUCCAACUAAUCUGGCAGUCUGAAGUUGGUUUGCUGCUUCGUUUUCCAUUUUUUGUUCAAUGAGUAAGCAACAUAAUACACUGAUGGAAAGCUUAUAAACAUGGGAGGUAUUAAAUGCCCAUAAAUGUUAUCCACCAAAGAAUCACCCCACACUUGGUAAAAAGAAGAAAAACUACCACAAGAAGAGGACAUAGUCUUAAAUUAGAGGGACAUAGGUUUAAAAAUAAUAUCAGGAAGUAUUACUUUACUGAGAGGGUAGUGGAUGCAUGGAAUAGCCUUCCAGCUGAAGUGGCAGAGGUUAACACAGUAAAGGAGUUUAAGCAUGCGUGGGAUAGGCAUAAGGCUAUCCUAACUAUAAGAUAAGGCUAGGGACUAAUGAAAGUAUUUAGAAAAUUGGGCAGACUAGAUGGGCCGAAUGGUUCUUAUGUGCCGUCACAUUCUAUGUUUCUAAGUGAAAUGACAGCAGCCCUUUAUAAAUUGACAGUCUUCCCUUGUUGUUAAUUUUUAGCUUAAACUGCCUCUGCAGCCAAUCUACAGCUUUUCAGAAUAGGAGUUUGUGUAGCAUUGGGAAUUCGUUGUAUUUGUAAGCAGUGCAGCCCAGGGGCAAAGUAUGGCAAAAUAAAACAAUACAUUCUGUGAGUAAAGUCACAUUGUGCCUCAACAAUUUAGUCAAACAAAAAAACAGUGUUUUAAGAAAAGUAUCUUCAUGUCCUGGUACCUCUAAAUCAUUGUUAAAAAAAUAAACUAAAAUAAAACAUGAACUUACCUCUGUUCCACUACCAGAUUCUUCCUUCAGCCAAACCCUCCUCUGCUGACAUAACUCCCCGUAGCUCCCGGGGAGGGAUGUAGUUGAAGGAUUGGCUAAGUAGAGGAUUUUGGACAUGUCACCAGCAUGCUGUACGUGCUGGCAACCAAUGUUCAAUAUGCACAGAAUUGAUAUUAACCAGCCCAUUUUUGAUAGUGAAAUGUUGUGGACUCCAGUCACCACGACCACUUCACAUCACUGAAAUGGUCUCAGUGCUUGGAGUAGCCCUUUCUAAAUGUAAUGCAGUGCCUAAUCAGUGCUGUGUCGGCCCUACAUUUAGUGAAGUGCUGGGUCAUAUAUCUCUUGGGCUCUUCAAAAAAAUCUUUCAGAUGCUUAUAUUACCCCAUUAACUCAGCCCCUCUUCCAGUGGCACAGCAUUAGGGGCCUCAGAGGUCGCGCGUGAGACUUAAGGCGCCCCAUGAGGCAUAUACAAAGGCCUCCCUGCGUGUGAGAAGGGAACGCUUAAUAUUUUAUGCUCUGGCAGCAAAGCUCCCUCAGACACCCUACAGUGAUGUUGGGAGCUGGAGGCACUGGCAUCACUAAAGGGAGUGCUUGGGAGCAAUGCUGGAAGAACACGAAGAAUAGAGCAGCCACAGUAGAACCCAGGGAGAGGAUGCACUCCAGUUCUCCCAAAGGUAGGCUGAGUGGGCCUCAAAAAAAACCCAAAACUAUAAAUUAAAUUAAUUUGUGAGUGUGUGAAAAUAUUAAUGUACAGUACAAAUGUACCAUACCAGUGUGAACAUGUUUGUCAGUGAGUGUGUGUCAGUAUCAGUAUUAAAUGUGUAUUAUAUUAAAGUGUACAUUAAAUAAGUACCGGUAUAUAUUAAAGAGUUUAAAUUCCAUCUAUAAAUCCAUCUGUCAGUUAAAUCCUCAACAUUAUACCUGUGCGGCACCCAUGGUCUAAUGCCGGAAAUUGAAUGACUGGUGGUUCUCUUGCUCCCUGUUUCUGUGCUACUCCCCCAGCAUGCAGGAAACCCCAUAUACAAUCACACUCUGCCAGUCCAUACAAUUGCACUGAUACUCUGUCAGCUCCACACACACAUAUCACACUCAGCCAACCAACACAAUCACAAUCAGCCAGCUUCACACAAUCACACUCUGCUAACUCUAUACAUACCUAUCACACUCAGCCAACCAAAACAAUUACAAUAAGGCAAGCAGCACACAGAAUUCCACUCAGCCACCACACACAUCCCACUCAGCCAUCACACAUACCCACUAAGGUGUUUAACUUAGGGUGGAGCAAGACUGGGGGGGAGAAAAUGGACACCCUCAUUUAUAAUGGGGGUGGGGUGCUGGUAAAUGGCAUGUCCCCGCCCCCUCUAUACUUAUUUGGAGCCCCAACACGUUGCCCAUGGGUGAAGGCAUAGGGGGACACUAGGUCCCCCGUAAUCAAUAUUAGAGACACCCAUAUGAUGCCCAUAGGUUUAUAAACACUUGUUGGCCAUGGGAUUUAUGUAGAGUCCCAUCGUAAGGGCAUGGAAGAGACACUAUGCCACUGGCUGCUCACUGUUAAGCAGACACACUCAGACUCGCUUCACAGCAAGUGGGGCCAUGGGGGAAGUCUAAAAGUUUUACACUUCCCCCGUGGUCCAGCUCACCAUACCGCGGGUUGGGGCAUAUCUUCUAAACAGCUGGCAGCUGCUCGCUGUAAUUACUGAACGUCCAAAUGGUAUUUGAUAUGUAAACUAUUAAGUCAUUUUGUCAUUUGGGCAAUGGCAGCUCUGAAAUUUUCAGUCUUCUCUCGUGUAAUGUAGACCCCUCUGACAAUAGGGUUUUACAGAAUUGUUAUUUGCAAUUUCACAGUUAAAGAAUGGGCCACUGCACUAAUUCAAAAUUGUUGUAUGGUCAUCAGGCAAACUUGUCAAACAGUUUAAAGAACCACUGAUCUAGACUUGACAUACAAAUAAUGAUAUGGACUAUUUUUUUUGGUGUAGAGCAGUGUAGUAAGUCACUUACCCACAAGGAAUUUAAACGCAGGUUCUGCCUCGGAACCUAGAAUUUUAAUUUUGCUAAAAAUCGGGAAAGUUACUCCAUAGUUCCCUUUGGCAAACAUUUCUAUUUCCUGGUUAUCUUCUGGUUCUGACUCUCCAAACUGAUUGCAAGGGAAAGCUAGGACACUGAAGUGGAAUGGUCCAAACUCUCUGUGCAGUUCCUGCAGUUCUUUGUAGUUUGCAUCUGUGUACUUGCAGGAGCUAGCCACGUUUACAACCAGAGAUGCCUGCAGGGACAAGAGUGGAAACAGAUUUAAAUGCAAAAAAACCCACUGUAUUCCUUUUCUCCUCUCAUUUAAAACAACAUCUUUUAUUUGUAUUCUCCUUCUGUUGUUUUUUACACCGUAAAUCCAUCAAGGCCCAGAGAGCCCAAAUUAUGUUGAAAUAAGACACCAUCUGGCAAUCAAGGAGUUAAAGAUGACAUUGCCAUAUAAGACUUAGGGUGUCUUCCUCAGUGGUGUUUGUAGGAAUACAUGCCAUGCUGGCACUCAAAGGGUUAAUUACAAACAAUGUUUCGAAAACCUCUUAAAUAGCAACUCAUGGGUUAAAACCCAGAAUGUUCGAGUUGUGUAUAGAACUCCAAACAACGAUUAUAUAUGAGUUGGCAGCAAUGAUGGAUUACCAACGCAAUUAUAACUUGAGGAAUAAUAAAUCAAAUACAUUACAAAUUAUACGGCAAUUGGCAACAAUAUAAAAUAGAUAGUUCAUAUAUUAGAAACAUGUACUAUAAACACACAAUUAUUAAUUUACAUCACAUGAAACACAUGAUUAACACAUCUGGACCACAGAGCUUGCAAUCGAAAUGUAAUAAAUUCUUAAAUUACCUACAAGCCAGGUUAAAAGAUCCGGGCUGUAACAUGCAGACACUAGAAUCACUUACCUUGCCUCUGUAUUUACUCAAAGGAACUGUCCUCCCCUUGGAAUCUUUAAUUUCAAAAGAAUAAAAAUCUUUUGUCUUUGGCUUCACAAACUUUAACUGAAGAAGACAUAGAAUUGCUGUACAGAAAACCAUAGAGAAGAAUACAAUGAAUACUUUUGCUUUUGGGGAAGAGCACUUUAAGGGGUAUGGUGGGAGAGUCUCCAUUUUGGAUAUUUUGCUGGGAGGUUUUAGCAAGUCCCAGGAAUGUUAGUUGGGAGGAGCAGAGAGGCCGUAACUCUAAACCAUCUGAGUCAGCCCAAGGGCUGAAGGAGGAACGGAAUCACAAUUGUGUCUGUUUCUGAAGAGGAGGAUCCAGUAUCAUCGUCUUUUGUUUGUUAAGCACCAACAUAUUCUGUAGCGCUGCACUAUUUAUUUAUUAUAAAAUAUUUUACCAGGAAAGAUACAUUGAGAUUUCUCUCGUUUUCAAGUAUGUCCUGAUUGCAGUGUUGUGUAACUGACAAAUACACUACAUAUCACAUUUAUACAUGACCCUGCCUGUGAGAUUACAACACAGUUUGCACACCUUGAUUUGUCUUCCCUUCAGGAUUUCUUGCAGCAAUAUUAAAGCUGUCCUGACAGUUGACAUUCCAAUAUUCUCCAAGAACCUACAAUGGUUAAUCAUCAAGUGUAAAUUGUUGGAACUUUCAAACCAAAUGCAAACUGAAUUUCAAAAUUUAGGCAACAAUAACUGAAAUAAAAACUUCAGUGUCAACUAUGUUUUUAGUUUAACUAUUUUGCUCUAUAUAUUCAAAGCCACUUUUAAUUCACCUUAAAUUCCCAACAAUUCACACCCUGGGUGAAUAAGCCCUGUGACAAACCAAAUUGCAAAAUGUAGGCAAAAUAGCUAAGACGUGUUUUCAAAUCACCACUUAUGAAUACAUUUAGAAUUUUGAGUUACUAUUUGUUACAAUUAGAUUUUUAAUGGUUAAACCUUCGGCACUGCAGAUGUUUUGCACUACACCUCCCCUGAUGCUUGCCUGUAAGAGCAUUAUGGGAGAUGUAGUCUACAACAUCUGGAGUGCCGAAGGAUGCCUAUCCCUGCAAGGGGUUUAUAAACUGCUAUAGUCUUCUUUAAGAGCCUUUUAUUUUCUUGACACAAGCAAUGUUAUUAUUUUAAAGGGUUACUCAGACCACCAUGACCAUUGCUGCGUUUAGAAGUGGUUAUGGUGGAAGGAAUCUGCUUGUGCAGCAUUUCUGCUUUAAACGCAACACAAUUAGAGAUUCUGAUAUUCUUGAGAGAAGUGAGACUUAUGGAAAAAUAAGUGAGACUUACCUGACAGAGCACUCUGAUUGGCUAUCUUACAAGCCAACCAAGCAGAACGUUCUUUCUGAUAUUGCACAGUGUGGGAAUUGUUCUUCUGAUAAGGACUUUCUCGACUAUGAGAGCUCAGUCUGCUUUGAGAUGGAUUGAUUUUUUGUAUUGUAUUUAUUUAUUUUUUUAUUUUUAUUUUGCAUCAGUUAAUAUGGAUUUUAAUUUGUCCUUUUUUAGGGGCUGAAUAAAAGUAGAGUUAGGAGAAAGAAGUAUAAUUUUUGUGGCAAUUAUAAAACAAAUACUUUAAAUCAAUCUGGAUACAUUGUAACAUGAUGUUUGGUAACAGUGUCCUCCUCCAACCUAUGUAAACUACCCUACUGCCUGCAGCAACAUACUGCAUGUUGCACUCUGUGAGCUUUUAGAUUAAAUGGAGACAAAAUUACCUCUAAAUGGUUUUACAAUAACUUUUUGUUUAUUAGGCUGUCUACUUCAUAGUUUUGUAGUUGCUAAUUUUGCUACCACGUUGACACUAUUUAGUAGUUAAUUCCCUAAUAUUUAAAUGUUGUGUCUCUUUUUUUGUCUGUUCAUUUGUGUAUGAUACUGAGUGUAUGGGUAAUUAUUACCUUUUUAUUUGAUCUUUUUUUGAUCUAGUAAAAGUUAAGUUUUAAGCUAUUAGUAUCCUGUUUAGAUUGAGGUAUAACCUACUUCCACUAGACUACCUUUUGGCACAAUAACACUCUAAAUCCUCCUAUAAUUUCUCUCUUUUUCCUUAUAAAUUAAAAUAUAGGGGUUACCCCUCACCUAGGAGGAUUUAUCUAUAUUUACUCACUCUUCUUUUUGUCUUUUUUGUUUUCUUUCUGGUAUAACAGCUGUUUGGUAUUUGUACUAGCCAUGUCCACUAGAGGGCACAAUAUCAUUGUUAGUAUUGAGCCAAACUCAAGCUCUAAACAUUAUUAACCCCUUAAGGACGACGGGCAUACUAUGCCAUCCUUGAAAGGGUGGCCCUAAACACCGGAGGGUGGCAUAGUACGCCCAGCCUUCCUCCCGCCGUACCGGUCCCCCGGACUUACCUGGACCGGCGAUAAAUAUAUAUGUAUACACAUCUUCUACAUAUAUAUUUAACUAUUAAUUUAAAUAAUUAUUUGAUCUUAUUAAUUAUAAUUUGAGGGCCCUGCCUGACAACGCAGGCAGACAGUCCAGAUAAUUUAAUUGGCUAGCCCUAUAUUUAAACCUGUAACUUUCCAAAACACCAUAAAACCUGUACAUUGGGGGCAUUUCUGAAUACAAAUAUGUGUAUUUUAUUUCAGUAAAAUCUAACAGCAUUAUGACAUUCACAGUUAAAAUGUCAUGCAGAACUUUAAAAAUAAUAAAAUUUCUUAAUUUCUCAUACUUUAGAUUUUAUUCAUAUUAAAUUAUGUAUCAUAUAUAAAUAUUUGAUAUGAAAUGGAAGCCCUGUUUUUCUCCUAACAAAAUUAUAUAUAAUAAGUGUGGGUGUACUAAAUAUGAAAGAGGUGAAUUACAGUUGAACCACAUAUAGGGCAAAUUCCAGGUUUUGUUUAUGUUUUGUUUUGAUCACAACUUGUACAAUUGCAUUGGCUCAGUCUUUAAGGGGUUAAAAGGACUAAACAAUACUUAAGGGACACUUCAAACCCUACACUGAACAAUUCUGUAUUAAAAUUUAUACAUAAAUGUCUGACUUAUAUGAAAGUUGCUUUUUUUUCUCCAAAAUUGGAUAUAGUUUUAAGCGGGCAAAACAUCCACUAUCUGCAAUGAGCUCAUCAUGGUAAACAAAUUAUCAAAUUGUAUCUGGCUUUAAAAAUAAAAUUUGGACCAUCUUUGACCAACUCCAUACCCACCUUUUCAUGUUGAUUGGCUGCCCUGUCCAAUAUUGAAUAGGUUAAGCAAAUCCACAAUAUUUUCCUGUACUUGUAACUCUUUUGUCUGAUGUGCAGCAGAUGAAGACUUCUGCCCUGCACUAUUUAGAAUUCACAUACUUAGUGGAUUAAAUAAAUUCUUAAGAAUUUGCUUAGAUUUUUUCAGUGUCCUAAACUGUAGGCCAGCACUUUUCAUAUGUCACCCAUCACUGUGAAGAAUUAAUAUUAAUCCGGGAAAACACAGUGGCAAUUGUAUUUUAAAUGAUGUAACUAAAAAAGCUGAGCUUUAAGAAGAAAAGGUUUACUGACUAAAAUAUGCAAUAUUGAAAAUAAAUAUUGUAAUCCUUAAAUAAUGCUGCAAAGUGCAAACUAAAAAAACAUAAACAGAGCCAAAGAGAGUUAAUAUAUACUAACUUUAUGUGUAAAAUUAGUAGAAUUAGCAGAAUAGUUCAGACCACUUCAGAUAAUUGAAGAAAAGUUCAGUGUUUUGAAGUGGUCAUGGUGGAAGGACCCUAUAUGAUCAGUGUUUCAAAUCAUCAUCAUUACAUAUUCAAUAUCGCUGCUGGAGGUGUAACUCCGCCUCUGGCAGCGUUAUUAGCCUGCCCAAAACAAAAUUUGCAGUCUGGCUAAUGUCAGUUCUGUGCAUAUUCUUAGCACAGACUUCCAUUCAUUGGCUGAGAUGCUUAGCUGGCUCGGCCAAUGAAUGAAUGUCAGGAUUGGAAUCUGGCUUCGGCAGCUCAGUAGAAGUCAGAUGCUGCUCAGCUGACAUUGAGGUAGACUUAGCUACUUCAGGGACACAAUGUAAGAGGCAAACCGUUAGUAUUUUUUUUUUAUGAUCUUAAUAAUUUUUUGCAAAAAAGUCUUGCAUUUUUUAUUAAAUUCAUGACCCAGCUUUAUAUUGACCCUGGCUUUAUUUUUUCAAGUUCGAGUAAGUAUUAACACUCAAGUUUGUACUUAGACUCACAUCAGGGACAGAGUCAGGGAUUUGUGCUGUUUAUCCCAAAAAUAUCCCCGCUUGUUAUUAUUAUUAUUAUUAUUAUUUUUAAUAUUAUUAAUAUGAGUAAUAAUAUAGCUACGGCAGGCAUUUUUAUGAAAAUAACUCAGGUAAUAACUCAUUGUUUAAUGACUCACAUGUUACAUAUUUACUUUAGCACAAAGUACCACCUUCGUGAUACAAUACAGUACAGAGAGACUCUGAUCAAUGUUGAUAUAUAUUUGUUGCUAUCCACUUUAUCUCAAAAUCAUAUUUAAAAUAUGAAUCAUCUACUUCCUAUAGACUCCAGACAUUGGAAGAAUCACAUAUUCCAGAUUCAAAAAAAGCAUCAUGAGAAGGCGUGCAAGACAAGAUGAAGUUUCUAGUAGUCCUAUCUCCACUAGACAGCGCCAUAAUCAUGAACCAGAUUUGGAAAGUACACCUCUUGACCAAUCAAUCCAUCUCUCUACUUCAUCUUUUGGUGAUCAGUGGCAAACUCCAGAGAAGAAGAUUCUACUCCCAUGUACGUAUUUAGAGGCACAUUUAGAGGAUGGCAACACACAUCCUCUGUGUGGAAUUAUAUUAAUUAAACAGUGUCCAGCCUGUGACUGCUCACAGUAACUGCAAACUUCCCAUCAGUGGCGGAUCCAGGGGGGGCAACAGGGCAAUUUCCCCCCCCGCGAUUCUCCCCUGCCGGCUAAUGCAGGGCUGACAUUGUCCAAGUGCCAGCCCUGCAAUGUGCCUGAGGACCGGGGAGGGAGAUCAGCGAUCUCCCUCCCCAGUCCGCAGGCACUAUGCUGACAGCCGGUAGGGAAGGGAGAGGGAGAGAGAGAGGACCCGGGAGCUCAGCCUGCAGCUCCUCCGGGUCCUACACUCGCGAGCACGGAGCGUUGCCGCGGUUACCACGGCACCGCUCCAAAUCUCGCGAGAGUGAACUCUAGCCCUGGAGCCCGGGCUAGAGUUCACUCUCACCACUACUGGGACCACCAGUAAAGGUAAGAAGGGAGGGGGGACAUAAAGUAUAUUUAUUUUAUUAAAUAAAAAUUUUUUAUUAAAAAGCCUACUUACCCUCCUUCCCCCCAUACACACACUGCCCCCCAUACACACACUACACACACUGCCCCACAAACACUGCCUCCAUACACACACUGCACACCCAUAAACACACUGCCCCACAAACACUGCCCCCCAUACACACACUGCCCCACAAACACUGCCCCCCAUACACACACUGCACACCCAUACACACACUGCCCCGCAUACACACACUGCACACCCAUACACACACUGCACACCCAUACACACACUGCCCCCAUACACACACUGCCCCACAAACACAGCCCCCCAUACACACACUGCACACCCAUACACACACUGCCCCACAAACACUGCCCCCAUACACACUGACACACUGCCCCCAUACACACACUGCACACCCAUACACACACUGCCCCCAAACACUGCCCCCAUACACAGCCUCAAGCACACACACUGCAACUCUCAUACACACUGCACCGCUCACACACACACACACACACACUGCAGCUCUCUCACACACACACUGCCCCACACAUACACUGCCGCCCUUACGCACUCACACACACACUUCACCGCACACACACUUUACCUCUAACACAUACCACUGCUCCUAUGUCCUAUAUCCCAGCAGACCCCAGGUAAGUUGUCAAAUUGUUCAUAAACUGUUUGACUACUUACUCUGGGAUGGGAUCCUGGCACCAUAACUACUACACUGAGCUGUAGUGGUUAUUGUGCCUGGAUUAUUUCUUUAAAUAAUCUACAAGUGCCCCUCCUGAGAUCAGUCUCUGGAUCCGCCACUGCUUCCCAUAGGGAUGUGGUGUACAAAUAAUAGAGAAGGGCAACUGCUUUUCACCUGUGCUCUUAUCUGUGGGCAUUGGGUGGGAGCUUUGAAUAAAAUAAUGGGGUAUUAAUAAAUAAGUAGCCCCCACCCACUGACAUUAAACAUGAAGUGGAAACCUAGUGUCCCCUUGAGCCCACUCAUAGGUGGCAGGUGGGGCUUAUUCAUCUCAUAUUGAUUGUUGGGGGCUACUUAAUAAUCAAUGAGUGGGUGAAAAUGCUACUGUCUACCCAUGUACUUCGGGUGGGCGGUUAUAAUAACGGAGGGUGGACAUGAAUUGCUCACGUCAUCAGGUUAGGGCUCGUAGGCGUGCGCAGCCUAUUGCAUUAGGGUGUGCACCCUAAAGCACAAACACACGCCGCGUGUAUAUGUAUAUAUGUAUGUACACACAUACACUGCUAUGUGUGUGUGUGUGCUGUUAGCGUGCUGUGUGAGGGUGGUGUGAGGGUGCUGUGUGAGGGGGCUGGUAGUGUGCUAUGUGUGUGUGAGGUUGUUUGUGUGUGUGUGUGUGUGUUUGUUAGAGUCCUGUUAGUGUGCUGUGUGAGGGUGCUGUUUGUGUGAUGUGUGUGUGUGAGGGUGCUGUUUGUGUGCUGAGUGUGGGUGUUGUGUGUUUGCUGCUGCCAUCCCUGGUGGUCCAGUGGAGAGUGAACUCUAACCUGCGGGGCUAGAGUUCAGUCUCGUGAGAGGAAUCCGGUGGAGCUGCUGGCUAGAGCUCCCCGGGUCCUCUCUUGCCUGCCUCCCUGCAUGUGGGUCGGUGAGGGAGAUCUUUGAUUUCCCCACUGGCCCAUGGAGGCUUAUAGCAGAGACGGUGCUCGGAUGAGCCGACAGGGUAUAUCCUGAGAUCUCUCCUGCCGGUCCAGGGCACACCCGGCACACCCCAUGCGCAAGCCUAUGUUAGGGCCAAUCUCCCACUUCCAGUGGAUAGGGAUCCCGAAGCCAAUGGCCACCACCUCAAUAAAACUUUGCUUUAUCUACCCUUCUCACCCUAAUAAUAGUGAGGGGGCAAUAAAUCAAAUAUCUGUAAGAGAAAAAAAGUUAUACUUACCUUCCAAAGUCUUCUUUCUUCUGAAGUUUUCUUUUGCUCAGCGCCAUAAAGGAAAAAGAAAUACAUUAUAUCUCAAUGCUACUACUGAAAAUAGAAAAAAAAGACUAAAUCACAAAAAUUCAGAGAAAAACCCCCACAACGCAAUAGCAAUAGAUCCAUGUGGGCUGUGCGAGGAUCUAUAAGGCAGCAACUUAUAGUUUGAAAUUAGUAGAAGGCUCUGAUUGGUUGGUUUGUAUGUUAAUAGUACUUCAAAUUAUCGUUCAUCUGCAAAAAUCAACUGAUCGAUAACCUGUUCAUUAUUAAUCAGAUCUGAAAAUAUAUAAAACCCUAUUGGUAUAUUUUUUUUCUUUGCCCAACACUCCAUGGAUACCUUGUUUAUCAUUGUAAAUUAGCAUAAUGGAUGUUUCUAGAUACAGAUACUGUAUGCCAACCUUUCACAGUGCCUUCAAAUUCUAAAUAUUAAGGGUCAAAUGUCUCCGGACAGUUGCCUCCUCCUCCAAUAAACUAUGUAUCCUCAUGUGACUGGCAUGUAGCCAGCGCUGAAUUUACCGCAAGGGUGACAAGGCACGUGCUUUGGGCGGCACUUUCCAGGGGUGCAGCAAAAACGCCUGCCCCAAACGCGCCGGCAGCUAACAGGUGCCUUAUUAGCCUUGCAUCGAGGGCCCUCCCUCAGGCGGGCAGCUGUGCAUAUUGUGGAUGGGCGGCAAGGGAGCCCUACCUCUGUGCUCUAAUUGCUCUGCUCCCUUGUGCUGCGGUGAUACGGUAGCCAGAAUAUGAUGGCAAUCUGGCACCGGCAUCACUAAAUGUCGAGCUAGGGAACAGAGCAAAAAUAUUAGAGCAACCCCACACUGGACUCCAGGGACAUGAUCCACACUGGACCCCAGGUAAGGAAUCCACUCCAGCUCUCCCAAAGGUAGGCAUGGUGGGUGGACUUAAAUUAAAAUAAAAAAAAAGUAAACGUAUGAGAAAAACUGUGUGAGUUUGUCAGUAUCCAUGUGUGCAUGUCUGUCAGUGAAUGUGUGUCUGUCUGUAAAUGGUGUGUUUCUGUCAGUAAAUGUGCAUGUCUGUCAGUGAAUGUGUGUGUCUGUCAGUUAAUGUAUCUGUGAGUGAAUGUUUGUGUGUGUGUGUGUGUGUGUGUGUGUCUGUGAGGGAAUGUGUGUGUGUUUGUCAGAGUGAGUCAAAUCAGUAAAUUUGUGUAACUGUCAGUGAAUAUGUGUGUGUCUGUCAGUGGUGUGUGUAUGUCAGUGUAUGUGUAUCUGAGAGUGUGUGCCUGUCGGUGAGUGCAUGUCAGUGUAUGUGUAUCUGAGAGUGUGUGCCUUUCAGUGAGUGGGUAUGUCAGUGUGUGUCUGUCAGUGUAAGUGUGUGUUGGUUAAACAGUGUGUGCCAAUGACUGUGUGUCUGUCAGUGAGUGUGUCAGUGAGGGUGUAUGUCUGUUGGUCUUAAAUGGGAAGAAGUUUGGCUUUGGCAAUAAGGAGUGGAGCAAAUUUACAUUAGGGAUGCCCGUGUUUAGUCAUGCCUGGGGCAGGACAAAACCAAAAUACACCACUGCAUGUAGUUACAGAUAAGUUACACAUGUACCCUCUCGGUGUCCAUACACAACAUAUAAUACAAUUUAUAUACAUUUACUGAAACAGUUGGAAUUGUUCCCUAUGCAUUCUAAGUUCAUAAUUAUAAUUUUUGUCUACAUUUCAGAUUUGCUAGAAGUCUCUAAUUUGGGGAGUCCUGAUCAUAAAUCAGCUAGAAUAGAAGACUCAACUACAAGGAAUCUCAAACAGAAACCUACAAGGAAAUUACAGAACAAGAUGAAAUUUCUCCUUCACCAGGUAUGUCUAACAGCUAAUGGAAAUUAAAGAUAUAUUUUCCUUGCUAAAAGCUAAUCCGUACAUGGAUCCCAUACUUCACCUGGUAAGGCAGAUGGCACCUGUACCUAACGGUUGAGGACUGUGAGAAUACAAAAUAGGUACUGGUAUUUCUUGUGCAGAGGUAAAUUGCCAGGAAUUUAAUAUCUGAUCAAGUGCAGUCAUAAUGGUACAAACAACAAUAAGAGGUAUGGCUACUUGGCACUUGAGUCAGGAAUUUAUGAGAUAAAGCAUUUCUGAGGGGGUACAUCUAAAAAGGGAGUGGACUGGUGGCCAAGACAUUUUACCCUUAUAGCUGGUAAAUUGCAUCCAUUAUAAGUUUAGGAAUCUCUUAUGCAUUUUAAAAUAAAUUCAAAAAGAGUCGAAAAUAAAUAACAAUAUUCUUGACAAAUCAAUGUUAUAUUUACCUGAACAAGCUAUAGAGAACUUACCUAUAAUUUCAUGUUAAUGAUAUAACUAUUUUUCAGUUCAAAUCUUGGUAUUGCAUUCCAAUUUAAACCCUUAAGGACAAAAGCAUUGUACAAGUUCUGAACAAAAUAAAACCAACAAUUUGAGCUAUAUGUCUCUUCAAGUCUCUUGAGUCUUUUUGGAAUCCGUUCUUAUAGCACAAACAACACUUUCUCUGGGGUGACUUUUACAGUUUGUGGAGGGGAAUCAGGAAGUAAAGUGCUUGCCACAAAGUCUUUGGACAUCCUCUGAUUCCAAAGAGGGAGGAUUGGGGGACUGUGUAAAUAAAAUAUCGGACAAAAGUUUCAACAUAAAAUCAAGUAAUGACUUACCUAUUUCUGCUUUUAUAUACAGCAAAUAGGAAUUGAAAGAGUUCUGGAAGAAUGCAAGCAUGUCUCCUAUAACCGUCAGGACACUAGUAUACAGAUUUGUGCCCAGGACACUUGUACUUGGAGAGGUAUAACUAAAUCUAUAUUUUUAGCACAAGUGCGAAAAUGUUUUUUUUUAGAAAGGAGAGUUUAAAAAAAAAAGAAAAAGUACUUGAAUGUAUCUUUUUAUUUCUACUUUAUGCAUGUUAAUACAUAUUUUAUUUACAUUUUAUGAAUUUCCACAUUUCUAUCGAUGCAGCGCCUACCAGUGUGGGAGUUGCUUAAAUUGAAGUAAAAAGGGUAAAUGUGCAUAACAAAUAAAAACAAUAGGUGCAUGUGGCUAUGCCGGAGAACCAAGUGUCGUGGAUAAAACCCACCACCGCCCACCAUGAAUGUUUGGAUCGCCCAUUAGUGGGUGGUAGAAUCCUUAUGCUUACGCAGCCUAAUUUUAAAAGCCCCUUCCCGCACAAUAACAUAAAAUAACAUAGAAUAAAAUAAUAAACACAUAAUGAAUUGAAAAGCAAACAGUACCACCACUCCCCCCCCCAAAAAAAAUAAAGGAAAUACCUUAACAUUAAGUUCUCUGUACUAACUAGUCCAAAAGUAGUAUACAGAAUGAAUUGAAUAGUGUAAUGUGAUAGAAUAGCCAGAAGAUGGCAAUGUAGCUCCUUACCAGAGAGACACAGUCAGCAAUUGGUCCAGGAAAUGAAAACUGUGUGCAAAACAGGUUCAAAUUUUAUAAAGAAAUAUUUAUUGACAUUAUUAUUAUUUUAUUAUUUAUAUAUCGCCAUCAGAUUCUGUAGCGCUGUACAAUGGGACAUUAAAGGACCACUAUAGUGCCAGGAAAACAUACUCGUUUUCCUGGCACUAUAGUGCCCUGAGGGUGCCCCCACCCUCAGGGACCCCCUCCCGCCCGGCUCUGGAAAAGCGGGAAAAGGGGUUAAAACUUACCUUUUUCCAGCUUCGGGCGGGAGUCGCCUCCUCUCCUCCUCCCAUUCUUCCUCCUGGCUGAAUAUGCGACGCUAAAAGUAUUUUCGCGCUUUAUUCAGCUCGUAUAGGGAAAGCAAUUUUGCACAAGCUUUCUUUAUGGACGCUGUACGCCUUCACCGGGAAACGCGCGAGAAGCAUCGCAAAGCGCCUCUAGUGGCUGGCCAAUGAGACAGCCACUAGAAGGUCAGGGAAGCGUUUAACUCAUUAUUAAACAUAGCAGUUUCCUGAAACUGCUAUGUUUAUUAAAAAAAUGGUUAACCCUAGAGGAUUUGGCAGACCUGCACUUCACUUCAUUGCUUUGAAGUGGUCUGGGUGCCUAGAGUGGUCCUUUAAUUUUAUAUCAACUUUGACUUCUGAGAAAAAUCCUUAGACACAAGAUACUCAGUAUCUAUUUAUUUAUAUUUAUUUCACGCACUACGGUCAUCUGGACAUAUUGCGUUUUGAAUUUAAAGUCUUCAACACUGUCCCUGAGUAUGCUUCACAAUGACAAUCAGUGAUAAUUUGUAAAUGAAGCUGGUAUCAAUGUAAGACUAGAUUAAUUUACACAUUGGCAGUUUUAUGUAUUUUUGUCAAAUAACUUGGCAUCAUUACAGCCAGGAGGGAAAUAAGCAAUGAUCUCUCAUACCGAGAAGCACAAACAGUGAGACUACAUAAUUUUAUGGAUGCUAGACAGGUGAUAGAAUAGAAACUUGUUUUCUAUCUGAAGAAUGGUUUGAUCCUUACAUAUCAUAGUAUUGUUUUAUGACAGUGCUGUCUACACAAGCAUACAGUAGUCUAACUUUGUGUAUUUGUAUUUAUUUAGGAUGUCAUCAAGCCAUGAAGAAAACAUUUUCUGAACAAGAAGUUUUUAUAGAUUCUGUUCGUCAUCAUGAUUGCUUGCAACCAGAAACCAAACUGCAUAUAUCCGGCCUCAACAAUGAUUACUGUAAGUAAUAUAUUUUUAAAUGGGAUGCACAGGAAGGUCUGUGAUUCAUGAGCCCAAGAGACUAAGCAAAAAGCAAUGCAAUCUUCGGGGGUUUACUAAUAGUGCCAAUACAUUUUCAUGCGAUUGAUAGCGUUCAGGCAUUUGGCGGUUCUGGAGUUAUUUUGGGAGUUUUAGGAGUAAAUUUAGGGAAAUAGAACAUUUUUCAAUGCCAUGUUGUGAGAUCAAUGUACGGAAUUUGAAACAAAUGGUUUUACUUCGUUCACUUCAGGCUAUUCGGUAUUUAGUGAUUUAGGGAUUAGGGACAAUUGACUAGUGUCCAAUAGAUCAUUAUAAAUUUAAAAAAAACAAACACAAAAUAGUGAAGAAUGGUUAGAGUAACCCUUUAAUUUGUAUAUAAGUUACAUCUACAUUCUUUUGUUCAUAGAUCUGAAUUUAUUAGAUUGGAAUGUUGACAACCUUGUUGCUAUUGGGUUGAGAUCAACUGCACAUAUCUGGAGUGGUGAAAGCAACACAGUAACACAAACACUGAAUUUACAUACUCCCUCAACAUAUAUUUCAUCAAUAUCAUGGAUACCGGCUGGGUCCAGUCUGGCUAUCGGUACAAGCAAUGGAGAAGUACAGGUAAUUUGUAAAUCACUUUAUGUUGUUAAUGAGGUUUUUGGUGAAUAAUUUUAAAGCUUUCCUUAAGCAAGGAGAGGGCUGGCAACUUUUGACAAGAGGGCCUAGAACAAAUGGAUGGCCGUCUCUUUUUUUUGUGCAGAAAAAUUAAGGAUUUCAAUGCGACGGGUCUUACUCACAGCAAUUCAUAUAGCUUUGAGAAAUGAAGGCUGCUGUAAUUUUAAGAUAUGCCUAGGGCUGGACUGGGAAAAAGAUUUGGCCCGGGCCUUUUUUAAUCACAGCGGCCCACUGAAAAGAGGGCAGGACCAGAUAGGGUGUGUUUUGUCAUCCCCAAUGACAAGCACGCCCCAUCACAAAGUUCAAUGCUCUUCCACGGCAGACAAUGCGCCGAGCUCUGAAGAUGAGCUCUAGCACGAGAAAAGGGCCUGUAUUUGUUCUGCACAGCGCAAGCAAAUGUUAUAACAUGCUUGCACUGUGUUUGCUUGGAACUUGUCUCUGGUGUCUCCAUAAAAAAAAGAGUACUGUGCAUGAGUUUGGAGCCUGCUUAUGGGAUUGCGUGUGUAGAGUGAGCUGACUGUGGUGUGGUUUUGUGUUAAUAGGUUGGUUUCAGUCAUGUUGUGUUUGUGGUGUAAUGUAAUGUAUGUGUGUCUAGGUGCUGUAGAGAGUGUGUGUAUAGAGGGCAUAGUGUGUAUGGGGGAUGUAGCGAGUGUGUGUAUACGGGCUGUAGUAUGUGUGUGUACAAAUUAUGUAGUGUGUGUAGGGGUUGUAGAGAGUGUGUGUUUAGGGAAUGUAGUAUGUAUUUGCUUACAAUCUAGUGUGUGCAUAGGGGAUCCAUAGUGUGUAUGUCAGAAAUGUAGUGUGUGUGUAGGUGGUGCAUUGUGUCUGUAGGGGAUCUAGUGUGUGUUUGAAGGACCCAGAGUGUGUAUAGGAGAUCUAGUGAGUGUGUGUGUAGAGGAUUCAGAGUGUAUAUAGGGAUCUAGUGUGUGUAAUGCUGCUGUGUGUAUGUGUGAGGGGUGUAGUGUGUUUGUGAGGAGUAUAGUGUGUAAGGGGUGCUGUGUGUGAGGAUGCUGUGUGUGUGUGCUGUGUGUGUGUGGGUGCAGUAUGUGAGAGGAUGGUGUUAUAUCCCCCCUCCCUUCUUACCUUUAGCCUGGGAGGGGGGACCGUGAUGCAAUCCCUGGUGUUCCUAGUGGUAAGUGAACUCUAACCUGCGGGGCUGGGGUUCACUCUCGCGAGACUCAGAGUGUUGCCAUGGCAACGCUCCAGAUCUUGCAAGAGGAAACCGGCGGAGAGCUCCUCUGGGUCCUCUCCUGUCUCCCUCCCCAGCCGGCAGCCGCAUGUAACUGCCUGUGGGCCGGUGAGGGAGAUCUUUGCAAGUGCUUAGCGAAUAUGGAAGUUGUAGCUUACAGUGAUAUGGUGUGUGACUGGAAAGAAUGAAGAGAUAACAGGUGAGGGUAAUUGGUGCUUUGUAGGUUGAUUUACAUUUUGCAGACCUCUAGCAGCAUAAUGUUUUUUGUAUUUUCCAUGCCAUUCAUUUCAAACUCCAGCAAGUGUGUGAGCAAAGUACUUAUACCCGGAGAAGUAGGUAGUCCUAGAUUGUAAACUGGUUUGUUGAACAGGGCUUUCUUUACCUCUAGUCUCUAUGUCAAUAUUAUUUUGUAUGUCAAUACAUGUCAAAUAUUCUCAUUCUAUAAUUGUAAAGCACUAUGUAAAGGAUGAUAAUACGAUUAACAAUAAUACCUCCCCUGCUCUAUCUAUGUUUAUACCCCAGUACUGUGCUGCUUUACAGCUAGCAGCUCUAUACUGAAAUGCUGAUUGGUCAUUCUUAUCUCAAUAAAUCAUAUGUUUACUUUAUAGCUAUGGGACAUUGAAACCCAAAAGAGGCUGCGGAAUAUGCAUGGUCAUAUGUCAGUAGUUGGAGCUUUAACCUGGAAUCAGCACAUUCUCAGCAGGUAGGAGGACUAAAAUUGUGUACUUGUUUUAAAAUGGCAAUCUGACAUUUAUCCUGGAUUGAACAAUAUGAAUUUUCCAUUGUAUUUCCAUUUCUAGUUCGGUUUAUAAUAAAACAAAUGCCUUGUAAAAAAUAUGCAAAUAUAUAUGUGGUCUGUAUAUAUAUUUUUUUAAUUGUUUCUUUUUGUUGUUCAAUAAAAUUACAGUCAGACCGGACAUGCCACAAAAGCAAUCUCAGGCAACACAAAGCUUACAUAUCAUGACAUGGAGUACGGUCACACAAGUUUUUAUGAUUAGUAAACAUGUUCUUGCAAGAUAUGUCAGAAAUUAGGUGAAUAUGAGUAGCAGUUAAAUCCGCAGAUGUAAACUGAUAAGUUAGUCAAGAUAAGAUAAAACAACAUUAAUAGCAUGCUUGAAAGUACUAACAGGCUUAAAGAGAGAUAAAACGUGCUGAACUAAGUAACAACCUAAAGUAGUUUUAGUGCCACUGGGUACUGAGAACAGUAUGAGGAGUGAGUAAAGGAAAGGACAGGAAUCCCUGCUUAGGAAAGAGAGGCAGAUGGUUUAUGUUAAGCAGAGUCUGCACUUUCAUUGCCUCAUGGAUUACCCAAUGCCACAGGCAGGCAGCAAUGUAUACCCCAGCUCGACACCGGGCAGGAUAUCAUCCUUCUCCGCCACACUAUCCUGUGGAUAAUAACCAAUCACAGAGAUAAGGCUCUGGAGUCCCCCUGCUACACCUGGCAUGCCAUGCUGAGCAAAGUACUCUGUACGGCAUGGGCUGAGCUUGUAAGGCCGCCGUAUGAGGAUUCUCCGGCGGGGUGUAGUGAAAGGCUUGCUGUGGGUCUGUGUGUGUAGGUGACCCUGUUCUCCUCUCUCCACUCGGCUGCUGUGAUCGCGUGCUGAGUGCAGGAGUUGCUUGUGCCCCCGUCUUGCGUGUAUCUUGGCCUGGGAGCCUCUCUGGGUGUUUGGAUAAUGGUCUGGGCAGGACAGUUGUUGGGCCAUCUGUCCGGAGGAAGAUGGAGGAAUUACAGGAAAGGCAGGGUGGUUUGCACUCGAGUCCAGAAAGCUUGGCAAAUUCGAUGAAAUUUGGCUUCAAAGAUUUUCUGCCGAGUAGGGCCCUGUGUGCUAGUGUAGGUGUGCUGAGACUCCAGUGCGGCAGCCAUCGCAAGUGCACCAGGUGGACUCCAGUUCAGCUGGGUAGUGUUUCACCCCUAUCGAGGUACAAGAGCGUCCAGUGGGGACCGGGAUAUCCCCCAUCAGUCCGCGUGGGGGUAACUUGAGUCCAGAGCUUGGAGACCAUCUGCCUCCCACAACUACGGGACCGCCAGCCUCGGUAGGCCUCAAAAUCAGGCCCAGUACUCUUCCGCCAGGACCCCCGGAUCAGACGUAAUAUGUUGCAGGUUAUGGUGAGGGAGGUCCCCGGUCAAUGUAGGGUCGUUUGCUGCAGGACUAAGUGGGUUAUUUGCUUGUUUUCAGCGUUUUCUAGCCGGAGCUAGUGCAUUACAUGUCCGACCAUCUUGGGUACCAGGCCCCACCCCUAUGUGGUUUGUAUUUUGCACAUUUCAUAAAUAACAUCUUUUGAAAUUAUUUAAACUGACAAUAAAGCAAUUUCCAUUGUGUUAAGGAACAGCACACACAGAAAAAUAAAAUUUUAAAGAAACACUCCAGGCACCAUGACAACUUCAUUGACAUGAAGUUGUUAGGGUGUCAGAAGGUCCCUGGCUCUGGCUUACCUUAAGGCAGUGCUCCUCAACACUCUCCUCAAGGUACACCAAACAGUCCAGGAUUUAGGGAUUACCUCGGUGUGUCUAAGGUGUUUUUUAAAAAACAAAAACACCUUAGACUCUAAAGUGUUCCCCCCUCCCCUUUUUCUAAACACUUUAGACACACCAGGGUAAUCCCUAAAUCCUGGACUGUUAGGUGUGCCUUGAGGAGGGGACUGAGAAGUGCCUUAAAGGGCUAAACUAUUCUCGAAUGAUUUAACCUCACAGUCUUUGUUCCAGUGCCAAAUCUUCCUGCCUCCCUUAAAGUUUAUUCUCAAACUAGUUUUGAAUUGGGAUUCACUGAGUGGUUGAGAACGUCAGUUUCCCGAUUCUGCAAGAGCCUUCUGAUUUUUAGAAAAUGGAAGGGCAGAUUUGGCACUGGAAAAUAGAUUAUGUGGUGAAACCGUUAAAGAAUGGUUUAACCCAUUAAAGUGAACCAGCACCAGGGACCUCCUAGCACCAUAACAACUUAAUUUCAAAACAGUUGUUAUGGUGCCUAAACUAUUGCUUUACAGUUUACAAGGCUACUUAAAAUAAGCAAUUUCAACAAACAAAUACAGGGACUCAGUGACACCAUAUGGCCAUAUCGCGUUAAACCCACAGUACACCAAUAUUAGUGGGUCCUACACUAAUUUAACAUGUGAGACAAAUUAUGGCCAUAUGGUGUAACUGAAUCCCCAUAUUUGUUUGCUGAGAUAGGUGAUUUUAAAUAGCUGUGAGCAUUUUAAAUCUGCGUUUUAUGUGUGCAAUGCUCCUUAAAUUAUAGUCUCCACUAGUGCUGAGUAAUGCAUGUUCCGGGUGUGCUCCCAAUUCUCUGACUUUCAGUGACUGAAAAAAUGUCAGUAAGACAGGUAACGUUAUUAUUCAUAAAGAUCCAACAUUUUCUGCAGCACUGUACACUUGGCCACAAGCUUGCCUUACAGGAACAAGAGGUAAUAAAAGCUCUGAUCAAAUUGGCAUACCAUCCCAAAAAAACACAAGGUGCAAUCGCACACUACAUAAGGUUUUGUUUAAAGUACAAAUGAGUUGCAAGUAUAUUUACGGCAAUCUGCGAGCAGUACUUGACUACAAUAGGGGUAAAUAAACAUGAAUGGGAGACUGAUGCAGGAAGAAAAGUUAAUUUGCUGGAAAAGAGAAUUCCAUAAGAAUUAUACAGUCCUAGAGAAGUCUUGAAAACACGAAUUUGCAGCAAGGGCCAGGAAAACCAAAAGAUUUGUUCAGGUCAGCCAGUGAUGCAUUACAGAGCAAUAACAGCCCACAUUGCAGCCUUGAAGGACACAUGUACAGUUUAACAAGGAUAUUCAUAUGAAGUGGUGUAAAAUGAUUGUGUGUUGUAUUAGCAAACUGUAAAUGCUUUAUUAAUAAAUAAUAAUUACAGUAGUUUACCACACUGCUUGUUUUUUGUUUGUUUUAAUAAUGUAGUGGUUCACGGCUUGGACAUAUACACCAUCACGAUGUUCGAAUGGCAGAGCACCAUGUUGGAACGCUGUAUCACAAACAAAGCAUUUGCAGUCUGAAAUGGUCACCAUCUGAAAAACAUUUAGCUAGUGGUUCAAGUGACGGCCAUCUAAAUAUCUGGUUGUAUGAUCCAGGAACUUCCAAAAGUAAUACUCCGUUACAGAGCAUGCAGCAUUCUACGGCAGUGAAGGUAUUAUAUUCUGUAUUGACAUUAUUUUAUUGUCUGUUACUCAUGUUUUAAUUAGAAAAUGUUUUAUUAUUAAUUAUAAGGUUCUAUUGCCUUUUCAGUGCUGAGCAUUUUUGUCUAGGAAUGAUGGGAUUAAAAACCGUAGUUUAGAUGCUUGUUAGGACUUUAUACCAAAAUGAUCUUGUCCUCCAGGGAGAUAGGACCACCUGGAGGCUAGCAGUACCACCACAUAUGUAAUAGGUUGUUUUAAUAGUAGUUAGUAAAUGCAUUUUUACUGCAAAAUAAUUUCAUGUUCUCUAUAUAAAAUUAAUUUCCUCCUGAUUAUAUGUAUUUGAUAAUAUUGUUAUUCGAACCAUUAGUAUUAGCAGAGGUUCAAUCUUUACUUCAACAUUAUCUUGUUGAUCUUUAGGCAAUGAACUGGUGUCCGUGGCUAUCAGAAACGCUCGGUGUGGGAGGAGGAAUGACAGAUGGACACAUCCGAAUUUGGGAUACAAACACUGGGAAAAACAUCCAUUCAGCAAACACACAUUCUCAGGUGAAUUGCAUGAUCUUUAGGAAGAAUUCAUGCAUAAAAUAAUGAUAGAACAUAAAUAUAGAAGUGACAUGAAAUUGCAAGUAUUUUACUUUUAGAAUUCUAACACAAGGGACAUUGUUCUUGAUUGUACAGUAGUACAGUAUAUUAUCUGCAAGACGCAUUCAAACAUUAUUGACUGGUUUUGUCUGAUAUUUUUAUUGAAUUUCGAUUGGAUUUGAUGCCAGCCAAAAUUUUAGCAGCUGAACUUGAUAAAUGGGUCAGCUAUCUGAGCAAAAUCCUGUGCUAAAUGUGCUUUAGAAAAACAAUUGUUGGCCUUUUUUAAUGGCUAACCCCUUUAGUCAUUAAAAUAAAUAAAAGCUGAUUAAUACAAGGGAUGUUAUACACCUUCCCCAUGCCAUCACACACCAUGCUGCGAAUAAGGGUGUGUCCGCUAAACAGCAAGCAGCCACUGGCUACUCAUUGUAAUAAAAGAAUAGCAACUGGUCAGUUAUUGCUGAAAAUUCCCAUUCAAGUCUGGAGCGAAAUUAGACUUACCUGUCAGAGAGCUCUGAUGAAUUGGCCAAAUUAGCUAGAAAGAAUAUUCAAUAAAUUACUUUUUAUAGGAUGGCACUGAUGAUUGCAGGUUGAAGUAGGGAAGACAGAUAUUGAAGAUAUGUGUUAGGGAUAAGACCACACUUAGAGAGAGAAAUGACAAGCAUAGUAAAAACAAGUUUUACAUAACAGUAACAUUGCAUUAAUAUAAGCUGCAAUUUUUUAAUAAUAUAUUAUGCUAGUAUGCUAAUGAAAGUGGGAAAAUCUGUGAGACAUUGUAAGUUAUAGAUCACAAUAGUUUUGAAAUGAUCUGUCAGAGGAUAUAGCAUAAGCUCAGUUAGCCUAGAUAUUAACCACUGAAACUAGCACCUCUUCGAAGCUGCACUGGGCAAAAUGGUAGCUUUAAGGGUGAGUAAGAUUAAGAUAAUAAUAAUCAAACAUCUAUAAUGUAUAGCACUUGACAAAUCAAACGACAAUUCGUAGUACUGUUAGAAAGGGGAUUAUGUCCUAGUGCCUGGAUCAGCCGAUCCCUCUGAGCGGCAAGACAGGAGUGAGUCCAAAAGAGUUCAUGUGGGCAACCGCUGCACCUUGUGGGGUCAGAUCUCCCAUCCAGCCCCGAGCCUUCCUGAAGGCCAGCAUCCACGGUCCAGACUUGGUGUAUCCUUCAGCCAGAAGGCUUGGAAAAUCUUGUCUAGACGGGUAUCUAUUGAGUCACAGUACAGCUGCCGGGGUGGGCUCAUGCCCUGCAUGUCACCAGGAGACGUGUCCGCUAUUGUGAAGGGUCGGAGAAUACUUGAUGCGGUAGCUGAAAUGCACCAGUCGGACAGUAAGUGCAGCAAUUGUGCCUUGAGGCUGUUCAGUGGGGAUCAGGAUAACCUCCACCGGUCCGUAGGGUAUGGUAGGAGCACUGUGGGACUGAGUGUGGAGAAGAUAGCGAGGAGAUCGGCCGCCUCUCCUCUGCCCUGUCUCCAGUAGGCCUCAACUAGAUUUCUCAGGUUCCCGGCAGAAUUAAAGGAACACUAUAGUCACCUAAGUUUAGCUAAAUAAAGCAGUUUUAGUGUAUAGAUCAUUCCCCUGCAGUUUCACUGCACAAUUCACUGUCAUUUAGGAGUUAAAUAAUUUUGUUUCUGUUUAUGCAGCCCUAGCCACACCUCCCCUGGCUAUGAUUGACAGAGCCUGCAUGAAAAAAAAACUGGUUUCACUUUCAAACAGAUGUAAUUUACCUUAAAUAAUUGUAUCUCAAUCUCUAAAUUGAACUUUAAUCACAUACAGGAGGCUCUUGCAGGGUCUAGCAAGCUAUUAACAUAGCAGGGGAUAAGAAAAUCUUAAUUAAACAGAACUUGCAAUAAAGAAAACCUAAAUAGGGCUCUGUUUACAGGAAGUGUUUAUGGAAGGCUGUGCAAGUCACAUGCAGGGAGGUGUUACUAGGGUUCAUAAACAAAGGGAUUUAACUCCUAAAUGGCAGAGGAUUGAGCAGUAAGACUGCAGGGGCAUGUUCUAUACACCAAAACUGCUUCAUUAAGCUAAAGUUUUUCAGGUGACUAUAGUGUUCCUUUAAGUCUCAAAACAUCUGCCCUGGAUUUCCCAAUGUAAGCCGUGCAGUUUGCAGAUAAAUCAGCGUUUUUGCCAGGGUAGGCACCCAAAAUGUGGGCAGUGAAGCAGGAGCACGCUUUAAACACGACUGUCCUGCUCGAUAGCCAAGCUCUGCCCCCCCCCCCUCAUGGCAGAUAUAUUAUUAAUAUAUUUUGUUCAAUCUUGUUAUUAUAAUCAAAUAAAAAAUAUCUGUCUGGGAGAUCAGUAAUGGGAGUCUUUGAAGUAGAGUGGAGUAGGAAAUUAAAGGUGUUAAAAGCUUGUUUGGGUUCACAAGAAUAGGUACUAAUGAGUAAGUUAAAAUACUCAGGUUUGGCACAGAGUAGGAAGAGCUAUAGGAACAUAAAAUUAAUUUGUAGUUGAGAAAGUCUGGUUUGGUCAAAGUCUUACUGCAACACUGUUUUGCAGUGUGGGAGCAUUUUUGGAGAUAAUGGGUAAAUAUACUGUGUUAGGGUCGAAUGCAUGACUGCUGUUAAAAGCAGGUUUAAAUGACGCUGUCUUAUCCAGAGCAGAAGAGAGGAUGCAAUUUUAGAAUGAGAUUGAGAGAGACUGGGAAAAGUUGAGAGAACUGAAAGUGGAGGUUAGAGAACAGAGUAGAACCGACACAGAUCAAGAGUGCUUAGGUUUCUAGUAGGCUAAGAUAAGUUAGAUUUAUUUAUGACAGCACAAGCUAGGAGAUGACAAUCAGAUAGAAAAUGAACAAAUUUUGGAAAAGACGAGGUCGUGGAUAUUGCCAGCAUUGAGGGUAGUUUAGUGAGUAUGGCCAAAAUGAAGGUGACUGAUAAAAAUAUCUAAAUAUUAGGUUGGUUAAUUGGAAUGCUGAAGUCUCCAGGAAUGAGUGAUGGAAUGUCAGAAGAGAGAAGAUAGGUAAACUUAGUAGAGAAAUUAUCAAGGAAUAGUAGAAGAGAGCCAGGAGAUAGCAGAUGAUGAAGAUAAGAUAUGCAGGCAAAGAGAGAAUAGAAAGGGCAAAUAUGCUGAAAGGGGGAGACAGGGGGCAAGGAUCUCAUAGCACCACUCUUUAAAUUACACAGUUUGGGAGAGUUUGUUAUUUAUGCAUAACUUAAUGUGAUGCUUAUUUUCUUAAGACUUCCCCCAUUUUUAUUUUUAAAUAUAUAGAUCUGCUCUGUUAUCUGGCUGCCUGAAUCAAGAGAAUUGGUCACUGGCCAUGGACCACACAAAAAUCAAAUGUCUGUCUGGAAAUACCCCUCUUUAUUGAAAGUAACUGAUCUAUAUGGUAAGUUAAAUUAUUUAGUAUGGAGGUAGAUAGUUCUGGUAUACCUAAUGUAACACACAGAAGAGAGGGAGUCUGACUAACAUUAUGUCGCUCAAACUGGAAGCAAUAGGGAUUCACUAAAACCUAUAGAAAAAAUGGGCAAAGGGAACACUCUAGAGUGUUCCCUUUGCCUAAAUUAUUUAGUAUAUUUAUUCAAUCAGCAUAUUAAACACAUAUGGCUUCCACAAUUUCUAUCCAUACCUCUUUAAUUGUUCCAACAUUGGCCUCAAUUUAAUUCUUAUGGAUGAGCUUUUAAGUUGACAGCAAUCUGUUAGAAAAACAUUUAAAAUGAUUUAUCUACAGAAGUCGAUAGAGAAGAGACUGAAAUGGGUUAACUAAAAAAGUGCUCCCAAGUGCAGUCUCUAUACCCUGAAUGUGACUGCUCCACUAGUAUAAAGCAAUGAAUUGCUAAUCCUAGAGCCUCAAUAGAACAAAAAAAUAAUACAUUUUAUUAAACCCUCUUAGGGAGAAAAGAACUAUCACCAAAAUAAAGAAUGUAUAUACAGUGAUAUUUACAAAAAUAUUAAAAUAAAAAGGGUACAUCCGCUGAUCUGCAAUAUAUAUAGUAGUCACACAAUGUAUAUAGUUGCCACUAUUAGGGUAAAAAAGACUAUUGUUAACAGUUUCUUUAUAACAAAGUCUCUUUUGCCAGCAACAUUUAGUAAGAAUUGUCAACUAUAGGAAAUACAGUGUAACCUGUUAGGAUAAUAUAUAUCAAUGAGCCCUUUGAUGGAACAACGUGCAUGUAGAUGCACACAUAAAUGUUGCUUAAUAAGAGUAACCCCGGCGGAUAAAUUUUACAUGACUUCCUAUGGUUGUGGGAGCUCCAAGAUCAAUCUUGCACAAAGGGUUUAAAGGAGCCUUUGGGGAGGAGAACGGCAGUGUUAAACCGAACUAAUAGUACAAGUCAGGAUACUAGCCGUCAAUAAAGUAAUAGAUCCCGAGUACAACGCUCCGUUGAUACCCCAAUGUUAAACCUAAACUUUACUGUAAUGGAAACGGGCGGUAUGGUAGGUUCGGCCGGACACACAUAAAGAAGAACGUGAGUCUCUUACACCAUACACUGCCUAAAAUAUCCCCAUAAGGAACAUCAAAUUAAAUAGAAACUAGUAAUAUGAAAGAGAUGUCAAGUGCUCAAAUAGGGGAGAAAGUGCUCAGUAGGUCAGUGUACUGUAUAUGGGUACACUAUACAUUUCUCGCCAGCCUUAAACUGAUAACAGAUUUUCCCAGUGUACCGAUAACCGGCUAACUAAGAAUACGGUCCCUUAAAUGAACUAGUUCCUAAAUAAAAAUAAAAGUAAGGAGGUCCCCAAACCCAAUUCAAAAUAAUAGUAAAAGCGGAUGUCCUAAAUAAAGUACAUAGUGUACAAGGUUAUGCUCAACGCGCGUUUUGGCGCCAACAUGCACCUUUGUCAAGAGCUAACCGAUUGUGAGGAUAGCGCCACUUUUUGAACCCUCUAGUGCCGGCCCAUUUUUCGUGACUGUUAGUGGGCAGGGCUAAGGGAGUGACGAUAACCUAAUCUCAGCAUAGGGGGAGUUUAACCCCUACAAUGCCAGAGAGUGGUAUAACUAUCAAAGAUCCCUGGUGACAUCAGGGAAUCAGUAGUAGAUGUAUGUAGUUCAUAUAAUGAAAACAGAUUAAACUGAUCCAUAAAUAGUAAGGGUAUAAGUGUAUAAUAAGUAUAAGUGCUUAGCUCCCAUAACAAGCAUAAAUACUCCUCAAUAUAUAUUUUUUAAUAUUCUGAUAUUAUUGAUAAAUUGAUGUCAUGUUUUUAUAUAUGAUAUAUUUUGCAUAUUUUAAUAAACAACCCUUGUAAAAGUUUACCCAAAAACAUUAAAUCAUUUCAAAAAGCUUAUCCAACAACAUUAAAUUGAGGCCUAAAACAGGAAAAAAAAGAUAGAUAGGUUGAAAUAGAUAGAUAUAAUAUAUAAUUCUUUAUUUUCAGGUCAUAGAGGAAGAGUACUACACCUCGCAUUAAGCCCAGACCAGAAGAGAAUAUUUUCUGUUGCAGCUAAUGGGACAUCUUAUAUAUGGAGAUACAAUCAGUGAAGGAAUCUAUAAGAGACUCCAUGCAUCAUGCAAGUCUGCAUAUCUCAUUAGCCAUAUGUACAUGUCAAGUGGCCCAUAUACAGGGCAUGGAGUCCCCAGCAAUUAAUCUGAACUUGAUAUUAUUUUGCUUUUUCUGUAAGCAAGAUAUAACCUGGUGCUUUGGGUGGUUACAUCUACUCCAGAACUGCCAUGCAGUUCCUCUUCAUAAAUGUACAAC